AAGAGACAGGGCAAAGUUUAUGGUUUGAUUAUUGACACAACAGGAGAAGCGUUGAAUAAAUAAAUGGUGCCUUGCCAUAAAGCCUUCUUCCUCCUUCGCAAUUGCCAUAGGCGUUCUCUGAACUCAAAGAGGCAAAAUGACCAGCCAGUCUCAGGGAAUACAGCAGCUUCUCCAGGCAGAAAAACGGGCCAAAGAUAAGCUUGAAGAAGCCAAAAAAAGGACUGGUUCCAUGGAGAGCACUUUUUCCAUGGACUGGAGAAGCAUGGUUUCGUGGGAUACCUACAUCUUGCACAUGCACACAGGGGCCUUCACUCAACUUCAUGGCCUGGUUCCUGGUGGGCCGGAGACUGGUGCCAAUCCACGGCCUGAGGGUGGAGAGCUUGCCCUGUCAGUGUUGUUGGUCAGAGGCAUCAAACUGAUAAUGGGCUCUCAAGAUAAUCUCUCAACAAAAAUAGAUGAAGAAACUGCAGCAAAGAUCCAGGACCUCAGUAAUAAUUAUCACAAGAACAGAGAGAAUAUGCUUGGUCGUCUAUUAGGCGAAGUGUAUAACAUCAAUCCUGAUAUCCAUCCAAAUUAUGCAUAUACGCUUUAAAUCCCUACGGAAACGUUUUAAAAGAAGCAGUGCUCGCAAGAAUGAAGAUGGCAGAUUGGAAACCAUCACUAUAUAUUAGCUUGUCGCCAAUUAUAUUUUUAUCACCAGCAAGGAUCGAACAGAAUCCAUUUGGAUUUUCUGUUUCCAACAGCCAAAUUGUUAGACAUAAUUUCGCUACAGGUUUUUCUUUAAUUAUUAUUGCUUUCUGCAUUCCAGCUGGAUAUAUAUAAUAUAAUCUCAAAGCUGAAGCACAUUCUUGAGCCUAAUAUUUGUAAUUUGGCCAGCUUUUAUAGGCAACUCUCUGGCAACGUAGAUUUUUCCCCCCCGGUUUUGUAGCAAAGAUUCUAUCCCUUAAAUAUGGGCAAAAGCAGAAAGAAGAAUGUCUUGACAUCAGCAGCUUUUAAGUGGGUGUCUUUUUUUCCUUCUGAUGUUCUCUGCUGCUUGGAAAGUAUUUUGUCAUAUGGCUUGUUGUAGGAAA